AUGCGCGAGCGCAUCGACCACGCGGCGGACAAAUGCGACGAUGACCCACGCUUCGGCCAAAUUGUGUAUGCCGCCGCGAAGACGGAGGAGGAACGCGCUGUGUGGACGUUCGUUCGCGAUCAAAAACCUGGCUUUGGCUUCAACUCCGUGCUGCCGAAUUACAAUGCAGGAAGGGUAUUACCGGGCGUGCCGCCUGGUCCCUCGGGUCAGGGCAUCACCAACGUGUACCAGGGCAAUCCGGACAUGGGGUUUCUAGCACAGUGGAUGAUUAAUGUGGAAGAUGACGAAGAUCCAAAUUGCGUGUUUGGCUGA